AUGUGCAACCUCGAUCCCUCUUCUCCUUCUUCAUUCAAAGCACACUUCAUGAAACCCAACAAAACUCAUGAUCAAGAUGUUGAUCAGGAUCAAGAACUCCACAGAUGGCCAACUCUCUCCGAGGCUUUACAAGAAAUCAAAGCCAUAGGGAAGAUCUCUGGUCCAACAACCAUCACUGGUCUCCUUCUGUACUCCAGAGCCAUGAUCUCCAUGCUUUUCCUCGGCUACCUCGGCGAGCUUGAGCUCGCCGGAGGCUCUCUCUCCAUCGGUUUCGCCAACAUAACCGGCUACUCUGUAAUCUCAGGACUCGCCAUGGGAAUGGAACCCAUUUGCGGACAAGCUUACGGCGCCAAACAAAUGAAGCUUCUAGGCCUAACACUUCAAAGAACAGUUCUUCUCUUGCUCUCAACCUCCAUCCCCAUUUCCUUCAUGUGGUUCAACAUGAAGAGAAUCCUCCUUUGGUGUGGCCAAGAUGAGGAGAUUUCCUCAGUUGCUCACACUUUCAUUCUCUUCUCCAUUCCUGACCUCUUCUUUCUCUCGCUUCUUCACCCUUUGAGAAUCUACUUGAGAACUCAAAGCAUCACAUUACCAGUCACUUAUUGCUCUGCCAUCUCUGUCAUCUUUCAUGUUCCUUUGAAUUUUCUCCUUGUCGUUAAGCUGGAAAUGGGUGUCGCCGGCGUUGCCAUAGCCAUGGUGUGGACUAAUCUCAAUCUCUUCAUUCUAUUGUUCUCGUUUACGUACUUUUCAAAUGUUUAUAAGGACUCGUGGGUUGCUCCGAGCUCCGAUUGCCUUAAGGGAUGGUCGUCUUUGCUGGCUCUAGCAAUCCCAACUUGUAUCUCUGUCUGCUUGGAAUGGUGGUGGUAUGAGUUCAUGAUAUUGCUGUGUGGACUACUGACCAACCCCAAAGCAACAAUUGCUUCCAUGGGAAUACUAAUCCAAACCACUUCUCUUGUCUAUGUGUUCCCAUCAUCACUAAGCCUUGGAGUCUCCACAAGAAUUGGGAAUGAAUUAGGGGCUAAUAGACCAGCCAAAGCCCGAAUCUCCAUGAUCGUCUCCCUUGGCUGUGCUUUCGCUUUAGGCCUACUAGCCAUGUUGUUCACAACCUUGAUGAGACACCAAUGGGGAAGAUUCUUCACAAACGACACGGAGAUUCUCGAGCUCACCGCCAUUGCAUUGCCGAUAGCCGGGCUCUGCGAGCUUGGAAACUGCCCGCAGACCACCGGCUGCGGCGUUCUAAGGGGAAGCGCAAGACCUACAGUUGGAGCCAACAUCAAUUUGGGGUCUUUUUAUUUGGUGGGGAUGCCUGUUGCCAUGGUUAUGGGGUUCGUCGUAAAAAUGGGGUUUGCCGGACUCUGGUUGGGUUUGCUUGCGGCUCAAGGCUCCUGUGCCUUGCUCAUGCUCUAUGUUCUAUGCACCACAGACUGGAUGGUUCAGGUGAAAAGAGCAAGUGAGCUCACUGCCGAAACUAGCUCCGGUACUUCAACUGCUACUGCUAAUCCGACAUUACCAAUAACAUCACCACCCAAGAAGCAGGUUAAUGAUAAUAUUGAAGAGAUUUUAUGCAUUAAAGAUGAUGAUGACGAUGAUCAGCUUCUGAAGUUAUAUGCAGUGCCACUUGAAACAGACCCUCUAAUUAUCUGAGCUGCUGUGGAUUCCACCAUUUUUGCUAUUGAUCAUCCCUAGUUAGAGUUCCAAACCCCUCAUCUACUGUAGA